AUGCGGCGCUUGGCACGAUUGGCGCGGCCGAUGGCAGCGCUGCCGGCGGCGUGCUGUGCCGUGCCGCUGCCGAGGACCUUCUGCGAGGCCAAGAAGGAGCAGUCGCUGGACCAGUUCUUGAAGAGCGACAAGGCGCAGAAGUGGAUCGAGCUGAACAGCGACAAGUCCCAAAGUUGCCUGGUGAACACGGAUACCAUCGACUGGAUUCAGACUGCCGCCGGCGGGGUGCGGCGAAAGAUGAUCGAGAGGCUGGGCGGGGAGGUGGCGCGGGCCACGACGGUGGUGAGCUUCGAGCCCAACGCGUCCUUCCCCUCCCACCGCCACGAGGGAGGAGAGGAGUUCAUCGUGCUGGAAGGGGACUGGUUUGACGACUGGGCCACCCAGCCCAGCUACACCUACGUGCGGAACUACAUCGGAUCCAGGCACACUCCUCGCAUUGGCCCCAAGGGCUGCACGAUCCUGGUGAAGCUCUGCCAGAUGUCCACGGAGCAGACGGAGCCGGACCACAGCCAGUGGGACAUCUCUUCCUCCAACCCCAGCUGGAGGCGGUCUCCGAACGGGAGGAGGGAGCUGCGCGUGUACGAGUCGCCCUUUGAGGAGGUUCACUUUGAGAGAUGGGAGCCUCAUCAAACAGGCCAGGUGGAGGUGGACGGCGCUGGGGAGGAGGUCUUCGUGGUGGAGGGUUCCUUCGUGGAUGAGCUCGGGGAGCACCGGCGCUGGUCCUGGUGCAGAACCGCCGAGGCACGCCGCCUCACGCGGCGUGCCGGGCCGGAGGGGUGCCUGCUGUACAUCAAGAGCCGGCACUUGAAGAGUCCGGAGGCCCAAAGUCGGAUGAAGAUGCUGACCAAGCUGCAGGAAGAAGCUGUGGCAGUAGACUUCGACGACCCCUACCUGCAGCUGGACUUCCCGGCCGCCUCGGCCCUGCCGCCGCCCUGCAUCUCGGUCAUCGAGGCCGCCUUCGGCUACACCUCAGACAGAAUACUCUACGAGGGCUUGGACUUCGGGGUGGACUGCGACUCCCGGGUGGCCAUCGUAGGGCCCAACGGCGCAGGCAAGUCCACGUUCCUGAAGCUCCUGGACGGGUCCCUGGAGCCCACCAAGGGCUUCGUGAGGCUUUCCAGCUACAUGGACUGCACCAACGCCGCAAUGCAGCACACAUAA